GAAGAUGACUGCAAAUAUCAAUAUAUCUUUACUACCCAAUGUCUGUUCUGCAACCUUCUGCAUGGUAAAAGGAAGUAGGAACCAGACAGAAGCCGGAAUUGGAUUCCAAGAAGUAGCUGUUGGAUUGAUACUCACAAUCAUUGAUUUGCUGACUCUUCUGGGCAACACGGUGGUAUUUAUCUGCCCACUGAUGGAAAAGAGGCUCCGGACUGUCACCUACAUGUUCAUCAUGUCCUUGGCUAUGGCUGAUUUCCUUGUGGCUUGUCUAGUGAUGCCAUUCAGUAUCGUUUAUGAAGUGACAGGCAAAUGGCUGUUUGGGAGAGAGUUCUGCAAAGUCUGGAUCUCAUUUGAUGUCAUGUUCUGCACAGCCUCCAUUGUCACAUUGUGUUUCAUCAGCCUUGACAGAUACUGCUCUGUUGUCACCCCCUAUCACUAUUCAAAGAGAAUGUCACGGCAAAGAUGCGUCGUAAUGACUUGUAUCGUUUGGGUAUAUUCCUCCCUGAUCUCCUUUUUACCUGUCAUGAAAGGCUGGAAUGAGAUACCUGGCAUAGACUUUGAUGCUAGCAAAGAAUGCAUCUUUGUCACCAACUGGAUUUUUGCCAUUAUAGCCUCAGCCCUUGCUUUUUUCGUCCCCUUCACAGUCAUGUGCAGCAUGUACUUCUUCAUCUAUCGUGCAUCACGGCUGAAAGCCUCUCGCAUUGUUUCUCAGACCCUCGACCUUCAUUACCAUCCACAAAGUAAACGCCAGAACAACCUGCAGCUUGAGAACAAGGCGACUCGCACAAUAAGCAUCCUCAUAUCUGUGUUUAUUUUGUGUUGGCUGCCAUAUUUUGUGUGCAAUGUAUGGCUAGCCACAAGAGGAACCAGUUCCACCAGCAAAGUUCUUUCUGAUGCUUUCAAGAUCAUUACGUGGUUAGGGUAUUGCAAUUCUACAAUCAACCCAAUGCUCUAUGCUUUCCUCAACCGGGAUUUUCAGCGGGCUCUGAAGAAACUGCUUACCUGUAGACGGAGGUCACAGGUGGACAUUCAUGAGGACAUUGUUUCAAUAGCCACUUUUACAAAGACAGCUCAAGAUCCAAGAGCACACUGUGAAAAAACAGCUGUCUUCUGCGGUUCUGAAGAGCACACAUGA